AUGAGUGUGGAGGCGUACGGGCCAAGCUCCCAGACCCUCACCUUCCUGGACACCGAUGAAGCGGAGCUGCUCGGAGCGGACACGCAGGGUUCUGAGUACGACUUCACCGACUUCACCCUGCCCAGCCAGACGCAAACCCAAGGCCAGACCCAGAGCCAGCCGGACGCCCAGGUAAAUGGUCCUGAUGAUGAUCUUCACAACGGAGGAGUGGAUGACUCCGUGGUCAAAACCAGUCAACUGUUAGCUGAGCUCAACUUCGAGGAGGAUGAGGAGGACGCGCACUACACCAAAGAUCUGCCUUUGCACGCCUGCAGCUACUGUGGUAUCCAUGAUCCAGCAUGUGUGGUGUACUGCAAUACCAGCAAGAAGUGGUUCUGUAAUGGACGUGGCAACACAUCUGGCAGCCAUAUUGUGAACCACUUGGUGAGGGCCAAGUGCAAAGAGGUGACUCUGCAUAAAGAUGGACCGCUUGGCGAAACUGUGCUGGAGUGCUACAACUGUGGCUGCCGCAACGUCUUCCUCCUGGGCUUCAUCCCAGCAAAGGCUGACUCUGUGGUGGUGCUACUCUGCAGGCAGCCCUGUGCCAGCCAGAGCAGCUUGAAAGACAUCAACUGGGACAGCUCGCAGUGGCAGCCACUCAUCCAAGACCGCUGCUUCCUUUCGUGGCUCGUCAAGAUCCCGUCAGAGCAGGAGCAACUUCGAGCUCGUCAGAUCACCGCCCAGCAGAUCAACAAGCUAGAGGAACUCUGGAAGGACAAUCCUACUGCCACAUUGGGGGACCUGGAGAAACCUGGAGUGGAUGAGGAGCCUCAGCAUGUUCUUCUGCGAUAUGAGGAUGCUUACCAGUACCAAAACAUAUUUGGCCCUUUGGUCAAACUCGAAGCCGACUAUGACAAGAAGCUUAAAGAGUCACAGACUCAAGACAACAUAACAGUUAGGUGGGACCUGGGGCUGAAUAAAAAGCGGAUUGCCUUUUUCACACUUCCCAAGACGGAUUCAGGUGACAUGAGGCUGAUGCAAGGUGAUGAGAUCUGCCUGCGGUACAAGGGAGACUUGGCCCCGCUGUGGAAGGGCAUUGGCCACGUCAUUAAAGUUCCUGACAACUACGGAGAUGAGAUCGCCAUUGAGCUGCGCAGUAGCGUUGGUGCACCAGUGGAAAUUCCCCACAACUUCCAGGUGGACUUUGUUUGGAAGUCUACAUCUUUUGACAGAAUGCAGAGUGCCCUCAAGACAUUUGCUGUGGACGAAACCUCUGUGUCCGGUUACAUUUACCACAAACUGCUGGGCCACGAGGUUGAGGAUGUCACCAUUAAGUGCCAGUUACCAAAGCGCUUCACCGCCCAGGGUCUGCCUGACCUUAAUCACUCGCAGGUGUAUGCUGUGAAAACAGUGCUGCAGAGGCCUCUCAGUUUGAUCCAGGGUCCUCCAGGCACUGGAAAGACCGUCACCUCUGCCACGAUUGUUUACCACCUGUCUCGACAAGGCAAUGGGCCAGUUUUAGUGUGCGCUCCCAGUAACAUUGCAGUGGACCAGCUGACUGAGAAGAUUGACAAGACAGGACUCAAGGUUGUCCGGUUGUGUGCCAAGAGCCGAGAGGCCAUCGAGUCACCGGUGUCAUUCCUGGCUCUGCACAACCAGAUCAGCAACAUGGACAGUAUGCCGGAGCUUCAGAAACUGCAGCAGCUGAAGGAUGAGACCGGGGAGCUGUCGUCUGCUGACGAGAAACGCUACAGGGCUUUGAAGCGCACUGCUGAGAGGGAGCUUCUGAUGAAUGCUGAUGUGAUCUGCUGCACCUGUGUCGGGGCCGGAGAUCCACGUCUGGCCAAGAUGCAGUUCCGUUCCAUUCUGAUAGAUGAGAGCACACAGGCCACCGAGCCGGAGUGCAUGGUGCCUGUGGUUUUGGGAGCUAAACAGCUCAUUCUGGUGGGUGACCACUGCCAGUUAGGCCCGGUGGUCAUGUGUAAGAAGGCAGCAAAGGCAGGUCUGUCUCAGUCCCUGUUCGAACGACUUGUGGUUUUGGGGAUCCGGCCAAUUCGCCUCCAGGUCCAGUACCGCAUGCACCCCGCUCUCAGUGCCUUCCCCUCCAACAUCUUCUAUGAGGGCUCCCUGCAGAACGGCGUCACCGCAGCUGACCGGAUCAAAAAAGGGUUUGACUUUCAGUGGCCGCAACCAGACAAGCCGAUGUUCUUCUAUGUGACUCAGGGUCAGGAAGAAAUUGCCAGCUCUGGAACUUCGUAUCUGAAUAGGACCGAGGCUGCUAAUGUGGAGAAGAUCACAACGAGGCUGCUGAAGGCGGGAGCCAAACCAGACCAGAUUGGCAUCAUCACCCCGUAUGAGGGUCAGCGUUCCUACUUGGUCCAGUACAUGCAGUUCAGCGGUUCCCUGCACACCAAACUUUACCAGCAAGUAGAGAUUGCCAGCGUGGAUGCCUUCCAGGGCCGAGAGAAGGACUUCAUUAUCCUGUCCUGUGUUCGCGCCAAUGAGCACCAAGGGAUUGGCUUCCUCAAUGACCCCCGUCGCCUCAAUGUGGCGCUGACCAGGGCCAAGUACGGCGUGAUAAUAGUGGGGAAUCCCAAGGCCCUGUCAAAGCAGCCUCUGUGGAACAACCUGCUGAAUAACUACAAGGAGCAGAAGGUCCUGGUCGAGGGACCCCUGAACAACCUGAGAGAGAGCCUCAUGCAAUUCAGCAAGCCACGCAAACUGGUCAACACCAUCAACCCCGGAGGGCGUUUUAUGAGCACUGCGAUGUACGAUGCCCGCGAGGCCCUCAUCCCUGGGUCUGCCUACGACCGCAACAACGCCGCCGGACGCCCGUCCAACAUGUACUUUCAAACGCACGACCAGAUCGGGAUGAUCGGGGCUGGACCCGGUCACAUGGCUGCCAUGAACAUCCCUAUUCCUUUAAAUCUGGUGAUGCCACCAAUGCCUCCACCCAGCUACCUGGGACCGGCCAACGGCCCCACCGCAGGACGUGGGGCCAUGAAGGGUAAACCUGGACGAGGCGGACGGCAGAGGGUCCGCGGCUUCGGCCAGGGCCCCGGUCAAGGCAUUGGGCCAAACAGCCAGACCAGCCAGGACGGGGCCUCCCAGUCCUUCUCUCAGGGGCCGCUGACACAGGGCUAUAUCUCCAUGAGUCAACCAUCGCAAAUGAGCCAGCCAGGCCUCUCCCAGCCGGAGCUGUCUCAGGACAGCUACCUGGGCGAUGAGUUCAAGUCCCAGAUUGACGUGGCUCUGUCCCAGGACUCGACUUACCAGGGCGAACGUGCAUACCAGCACGGCGGCGUGACUGGGCUGUCACAGUACUAAAGCGUUGGAUAAAAGAAGAGGGCUAGGCUUGAUCUGAGCUUAGUUCUUUUGAAUCUGAGAAAUAAUAAAAACAAAAAAUGGAUACCUGUUUUCCUCUGCUACAACUUGAAGCACCACCAAGUGAAAGCGACGGGAUAGCUAACUCAAACCAGUGACCAGUGGGACAAAAAGAGGGGAGAAGAAGAGGGAACGCGAUGGCAAGAGGGGCCGCGCGAACACGCAAGAGGCGCGGAUGGAUGCCCGCGAAAAAUUGGGAGGGAGGUCGAGAAGAUGGCGUCCCGUGGUCGAGCUGCUGAGGCUAACAAAGAAGAAGAGAUCUUGCUCGGUCUGAUCUACAAGACUCCGCUCCCCAUCAAAUCAUCCACUCCACACCCUUUGACCCACCGCCUCUGAAGGAGGCUUCAGAUAUGAGGCGCUCGCUUCAGCUACAUUUGUCCUGCAGACCUGGAAUGACGUGACUGCUAAACGCUUCCAAACAGGCGGCACAAAUAACCGGCGCCGAGUCUGGUUAUGUUCAGCCUGUUGGUGCCCUGAAUGAUUUUAAAUUCGGCUUACAGGGGGAGGAGAUCGUCAUCGUCUCGUGGGUCCAAACACCUCUGCUGUGUUUGACGGGCGGAGGCAGCAGUCGACAGACCCUCCCAGAGAGCGAACGCUGGCUUCUGUGCUUGAGGUUGGAGUACCACUCAUUUGCCUUGAGAACCACUGGCUCCUCUAUGGGGGUCCUGGGCGGAUUCCGACCGCACGUCAGUCGUGGAGUGGCACGGGGAUUUCAGACUGUUAUUCUAAGGCAUGAGGUGCGAAUCCCAUUGAUUUCCUGAUGAUCAUGGGACAGGUUGUUUUUUUUUUUUUUUUCCUUCCUUAUUUUGUUUCUACUUUUAUUAUCACAGAGCACACAAAAGUCAUUGAAACGAUCAAACAUGACCAGCAUUGAACAGCCAAUAUUGUGUCAUGUGAUGUUUCAGAGAAGGCUUGUUGGAACUUAUUUUCUAAAUCCGGGGAUGUUGAGGUCCCUCCCACUGUGCUUUCUGACCCGAGUUUUUUUUUUUUUUCUUUAAUAUAUAUUCCGCUUUUGCACAGAGUUGGGGAGAUGAUUCAUUAUCCCUUUUUUUUGUUUUGUUCUGUUUUUUUUCUUUUGAGGUGAAGAAUAAUGAGACAGUGGAUUAUGUUUGGAGGUGGUCGUGGGAAUCAAUCAACCACAACUAAAAAGAAAAGGAAGGUGGCUGAGGGGUAGAAAGAAAAUGAGUUUAAAUUUUGUAUGAACGAAUGUGGAGCUUGAACUUUAGAGCCCAGAGAGGACCACACCUGAGAUGUUGAUUGUGACUAAUCGUGAAUUGUAUAGUUAAACUAAAGCUGUGUCGACCAACCACCUCCAUCACACAAUAAAGUGGGAAAAGCUGAAAGAGGUUUGUUGAAUAUUUAAAAAAAAAAAGAUCCUGGAAUUAAUAUGAAAAAAAUGUUUCGUUCCUGUGGGAAACAGUGUCACUAUGUGGCUCCGAAGCUCAAUUCAAUUCAGCGAUAUUAUAUAGCACAAAGACGAAAUGUAAAGAGAAUGAAACCAAAAUCAGUGCCUAUAACCAAUCACCUUCAGAUGUACAGCUGCAGCACAAACAUGAAUGUAGUGAAGCUACCAGCAUUUCAACACUUUCCUUACACCUGAGGGCUCCAGAAACCUAGAGAAAAAUACCCGUUUUAUUUUUUUAUUGAUAGAAAAAUAAGCCUGGCGAUUAUCUGAAUGACUUCAGCAGCUGUAAAACAUUAGGCUUAUAGAGGGGAACAAAAAAAGCCACCUUCCUUCUCUACUGAAAACAGGCUGGUAGGAUUUAUUUUUUCUGCUGGAGACAUUCGACUUGUGCGAAGCUGUGCUGCCUGCUUCAUGUAGAGGUUCUGCGGAGACUUAUGUUGUUGUUUGAGCCGCUGAUGCCGAUCCAGACUUUGCUAUUGUCCAAUGAAUUGCUGCUUUGUGCGUCGUUUUGUUCGGUAUUAUCUUGGGGUUUUGCAGUCAUUUGAUAAAAAACAAAAAUAAAUCUUGUGACAUCUUUCCGAUGACAGAAAUGAAGCUGAAGAAGCAGUUUGCUUUGCUUUGUAAUUACACUUUUUGUAUCCUCUCCACGUUCUGUCCGCUGUCCGAGGGAUUGUAGUUUUGUAACUCUUCCAGGAGAAGCCCUUUCUGAACACAGUAAGAAUGUACUCCACCUUUGUUUCUCAUCUCUGCUCACCACGACAAUCAUGUUGAGUGUAGUUGUCAUGUUUGAUUUAGUUGGUUCUGCUGACGUUGCGCAAAUCUUACGUUUGUACACCGAUUUUUUUUUAAACAUGUCCUGGUCCACUGACAUCAUGUUAUAGCUUUAAAAUAAACCUGCUGCCUGCA